AAUUGACCUGUCCACCAUCUUUCGGCCAUAGAAAGGAGAAGAAGCAACUUGUCCAUCGUGCUGAGUGAAUCUGGUGCAGAACGUAAAUCAACACAGCAGCAAAAUGUCGGAUCCAGUUGCUCGCCCGAUGAAAUUCCCGUACACCUUUUCGGCGAAGCUGGCACAGUUUCCGAUCCAGCAUUACUUCAAGAACCAGUGGAUCUGGCGCUAUUACUUCAUUGCGUUCGGUGUGUCCAUUCCGCUGUUCUACAAAAUCCAUAAGCUGGCCAACUCGCCCGCAAACCAGGCCAAAUGGGCCGAGUCGAAGAGGAAGGAACACGAAGAGCACCAUUGAGCGGAUGAAAACCAUCAUUCAGCCAUCUAGCAACUAGUUCAAAAGUUUCCUCGUCGGCUAGUAAUGUCCUAUCUGCUAUCAAUGUGUUUGAUGUUUGAUUCCUAGAACCGGCCAUCGGAUGCAGCUGGAUACGCUUCGAAAAAUAAUUUGCCAACUUUGAGAUUGGACAGUAAUAAAAUCUUGUGAAACUAAUGUUGCUAGCAUCCUCGCUGUUUGAUUUAUUUUAUCAGCUUUAUUAUGCCCCCUCCUAUUACUAACGACAGAUCAAGAUACGAACAAACUUUUCCGCUGAUUUAUGUGUUGUGUUCCAAUCGUAUAAUUUGUCAUACACUGCUGGAAGAAAACGUAUGAACCAUUCACAUCUUUAACAUCGUACGCGACAGAAUAUGAUUAAAUAA